AUGACUAUCGAGCAUCCUUCUUCUGCCUCUGAUACUUCAUCGCAAAGUGGUAUGGCAGACAAUGAAACGGAGCCAGAACAACAGUCAGAAAUAUCUGCUCUUACUGCUCCAGCUCCUAAGAAGAAACGCACACGCACUCUCACGACUCCACACCAAUCUGCUGUCUUACACGCACUCCUCUCACAGUCUCGCUUCCCGACAACAGCAAUGCGUGAGGAAGUAGGGCGCCAAAUUGGUCUCAGUGCUCGCAAAGUCCAAAUCUGGUUUCAAAAUCAGCGUCAGAAAGCCAGACGUCCGCAGAGUGAUUCUGCACCAUUAUCUCGUCCAGCUCAAUUUGGGCCCUUCCCAAGCGCGCCACAAUCAGCUUCUUCCUCCCAUACAGCUCCUGAUGUUCCUAUGUCGGAAUCAUUCCCUAACAUUUCAGAAGCUUCUGCUUCGCGGAACCCCGUGCCUAGAUCAGGCCCGUCGCUUGACCCUGGGCUUUCAGGUCCUGGUAUACCCGGACGGCGCACGUCACCGUACCCCGCCUCCUCAGAGGAGUAUUCCCGCAUUGCACAGAGCCCCGACUCCACCUCAUCAAUGCCCAACCGCAGCUCUCGCGGCCUUGAGGAGUUCCCCAGCCUCACGCUACGCGAACCUAUUCCCCGCAUGCUUGCGUCACGCUCACUUUUAAUGCACGAGGGCGCACAGUCCCCUCCCUCCUCGCGAAUGCUCCCACCCAUCCACUUUAGUGCUUUGGAUUCACGCAUCAGUACUGACCCUUACAUGUCAUCAACGUCCUCCUUUCCACUUCCUCCCUCUCAACCAUCAUCCUCUACCAGCAUCAUGCAUCACCACGAGCCCACACGCCACACAGAACACCGCAUCUCCACAGUGCUAGGCAUCCCACCCCCAUUCGCACUGCAACCGCAGCCGCAGUGGGAUCCGAAUAGCUUCGCGCCAUUCACUCGCCCCGAGUUCGCUUCAUUUUCGAGUCCAUCAAGGUCUACACAGUUUGCGCCUGGGAGCUUCUUCUCUCCUGGAUCUCGUGACCGCUUUGCUCUCCACGUCUCCCCAGAAUUGCCUCACACAAGGGAAUAUCAUCCAUCCUUGGGUGAGCGCCAGCUCAGCUCAUCCUCGGUUCCGCGUCCUUCCAACACUUUCCGCGAUAUAAUCGAUCCCCAGGGAUACCCUGCACGCGAGUCCUCAUCUGCAGACCACAGCCGCAUGCGCACAGACGAUGACGAACCCCGCCAAAAUUGUUAA